AUGCCGUUCCCAUCUCGGGGGGACAUCUCAGGGGGGACUGGAGAGGCUGAGGUCGGAAGCCUCGUGUGCGCUCUGGAGAUGGAGAGGUCGAGUCGCAGCCUGCGCGACGACUCCAAACUGGAUUAUGAUGUGAUCAAUCGAAACUGCGGGGUGUCUGCUGAGGUGUCCAUGCCGCAGACGCUGUCUGGGAAGAGGCACGUAGAGGGGGACAACCUCCACAGACUUCGAGACAGAAAGUUUUUAAUAGAGGACAAAAAGCGGCUGUGCGCGCUGGCGCUGAGCACCGCUCUGCUCGGGAUUCUGCUGAUGAUCAUCCACGCCGAAAUAUGCUCCUAUGUUAUAGAGGGCUCAAAAGUCUCCUUGAUUAUCAACUGUUCCAUAAGCCUGUCCACCGGGUGUCUCCUAAUCCUCAUUGCAGUUUUCCAUUAUAAGGACAUCAGGUUGUUCAUCAUUGAUCACAACCAGGUGGACUGGAGAAUUGCUAUGACCAGCCACAGAGUUCUGGUGAUCAUUCUGGAGCUGUUGGUCUGUAUCAUCCACCCAGUCGGAUCAUACUGGGACGUGGCCCACCACGUCAACUCCUCCUCCACCGCUCCUGUCUGUGUAUCUGGUCAUCACACCAAGGCUCUGUUGGACAUGGAUAUACUGUUAUCCGUGCUGAUGUUCCUCCGCCUGUACUUGGUCCACAGAGCCAUUUUGCUGCACAGUAAAGUGCUGCUGAGCGCCUCCUACAGGAGCAUUGGCUCACUUAACAAUAUCAACUUCAGCUUUCGCUUUGUUCUAAAAGUACUGAUGAACAAACACCCGGCACGUACGCUGCUGGUCUUCAUCGUCCUUUUCUGGCUUACUGUGUCCUGGAUGCUUACUCUGUGUGAGAGGCGAAGCCAAGCAUCGACGGGCCACAUGGACACAGCCUUGUGGCUCAUAGCCAUCACCUUCCUCACAGUGGGCUAUGGGGAUGUUUCACCCAACACCAGCUGUGGCAAGGCCGUGUGUCUCUUCACUGGCGUCAUGGUCUGA